GGGCAGCGUUAAAAGGAGGCAGCUGAAUGACAGCGGCCGCUGCCGCGCCCCCGCCCCGCCAAGCGCCGGCCGCCCCCCGCUCGCUCGCUGCUGGCCAUGGACGGGAGAGAGGACGCGGAGUGCGACUUGCAGGCGGCGUUCGCCGAAGCCCGGCGGUGGGUGGAGGCAGUUACCAGGCAAAGCUUUGAAACUGAAGACUUUAGAGCAGCUCUAGAAAAUGGAGUCCUGUUGUGCGAUUUGAUUAACAAGAUCAAACCUGGCAUUGUUAAGAAGAUCAAUCGUCUGCCAACUCCAAUAGCUGGCUUGGAUAAUAUAAAUGUUUUUCUGAAAGCCUGUGAAAACAUUGGACUGAAAGAAGCUCAGCUUUUUCACCCAGGAGAUCUUCAGGAUUUGUCCAAUCGAGUUACAGUCAAACCAGAGGAAACCAACAGAAGAGUGAAAAAUGUUUUGAUUACAUUAUACUGGCUUGGAAGAAAAGCUCAAAGUGACCCUGAUUAUAAUGGUCCAUACCUGAAUCUUAAAGCAUUUGAGAAGUUAUUAGGGCAAGCAUUGAGUAAGGCACUUGAAGAGUCCAGCCAGCCCAGCAGAAGUGGCAGAGAUAGUGGGUACGGCGAUAUUUGGUACGUUGACCGGGCAGAGCCCUUCUCAUCUUCAGUUACUCAUAAAAGAGACGAUUCCUUUGAUAGCUUGGACUCUCUUGGUUCAAGAUCCUGCACAAGCUUUUCAUCGGAUAUAACCUUGAAAGGUGGCAGUGAAGGUUGUGACAGUGACACAGACUCGGAACUGCCUUCCAAAAUGCAUGACUCUCAUAAAGAUGACAGGUCUUACCGCAGGAUUUCUAUGAUUGAACCAAAACCUACCACUGACUUCAAUCGCUUCUUACCCAACAAAAACAAGCAGACAGCAUAUGUGCCAGCACCUUUAAGGAAGAGGAGGACAGAGAAGAAUGAGGACAACAGGAGGAGCUGGGCAAGUCCUGUUUCCACUGAGUCAGAUGGAUCAUUUUCAAGUGGAUGUGAAACGAAUCCUCUAGCUUCCUGCCAAAAUAGCAGAGCAGAGUGUGGGCUCACAAAUCCAGCUUCCCUCCAGAUCAUCUAUGAGUAUGACAGUAGCUCUGAUUCAGAAGAUGAAAGAAGGCUGCCCGACAUUGUUUUGGAUGACUUAGCAAAUCGUAGAUUUCUAGUCAAAAAGAGCCCUGUAAGCUCUGGUGCACCUGGACAUCAUUUCAUGUUGCGCAAUGACUCUUCUAAAUCUUGCUCGCAAGAAAGUUAUCCAGCUGGUCCACUAGCUGCAAUGCUUGAACCACUGAGUAACCAGAGGAGGCAGAGGCAGUUGGAUACUAAAGAGGAAAACAAACCAAGAGUUAACAAUCCUUCACAGUUAUCUGGGUAUUGUGAUGAGGACGAGGAAGAAGCAGGCAUCCCAAACAUUGAAAAAGAUGAUCUCUAUUUUCGCAAGCUAAGUUCUUCAGCGCCAAAUACAGUUGUUGCCUUUGACAAAUUUCUUCCUAAGUUUUGGACUCCAGAGGAGGAAUUUCUAUGGAAAAAAAUCAAGAAAUCCUCUUUCAAACCCUGGUAUAAAGAGAUUCAAGGGUUCAGUAGAAAGAGAUCAGAUUCUGAGGAUGAGGAAUUUGCUUACAAACAAAGCUGUACCAUUGUUGCUAAUCAACCAAGACCAAGUUUUGACUGGAACAGUAGCUGCAGAAGGGAUCAGAAUUAUAAGCCAGCUGCUGAAUAUGUGGGAAGCUCAUUGUCACAGAUUGCAGAAGGAAAAAUCUUGGAGUCUUCUGAUCAGCCCAGUCAGUUUUCGUUACUUCAGGCCCUGCAAAAAUACACUGACUAUGUGUCUUCUGAAAUGGAGACCAGAAUUGAUCCUGCUUCUGGCCCUAGGCUCAUAAAAUGUAGAAAGAAUGUUUCCUUUAUACCAGGAGGCAAGCAAGAAGAUGAGGAAAAUGGGUAUCUAUAUCCAGAUCUGGAAAACGAUGAUUUGUUUGUUCGGAAAACUGGGGCUUUCCAUGUGAAUCAAGUUGUUCUUCAAGACCCCCGGUAUUUAAAGAAAUUCUCUGAGCAGGAGCCUCCUGUAGAGGGUGAGAUAAUUCUGCAACCCAGAGAGGGCCAAACUGUGAUUCCAGAUUUGGAAAAGGAUGACAUGAUUUUUCGUAAAGUCCUCUCUCAAAAAAAAGAGGUGCCUUUAUCAGGUGCUCCCGAUAAGUAUCACCCAGCGCUGUUUCCCGAUCCAUGGAGUCUUCCAGAAGAGAUCCGGUCCAAAUUUUUAUGUUUACUUGAAAAAAAUGCGAUACCAGAGGAAAGGAAGAGCAAUGGCAGAGUGCUGUCACCAUCUUUACAUCAUAAGAAGGAUGAUAUGUUGACGCGCAAGAUUGAAUCUUGGAAAGUGGGAAGCAACGCCCAGCCAGUAAAUUUUAUCCCAGGUCCAUGCAGUGAAGAAGACUGGAAGAAGUGGGAAGCAAUCAGGGAAGCCAGCAAAGUUAGACACAAGAAACGGCAGAUGGUGGAGAGACUGUUUCAAAAGCUUUCUGAUGAGCAAGGGAGUAAAUCUUUGAAUGAUGUCAGUGCAGAGGAGCUGCAGACACUGCGCAAAAUCCGGUAUGAAGAGCUGCAGAAGAUAAAAGAGCAGCUACAAGAACAAGAUCUAAAGUGGCAGGAAGAUCUAGCAAAAUGGAAGAGUCGUAGAAAGAGUUACACUUCAGAAUUGCAAAAGAAAAAGGAAGAGAGAGAAGAAAUUGAAAGGAGAGCCUCUGAGGUGUCUGGAAGAAGUACCAAGUCGCUGAAGGAAAUGGAACAGGAGAGGGAAGAGAGAGAUCAGGACUCCUAUGAGCAGCAGAAACAGGAGCACAACUGGGCUUAUUCACUGAACGAUGAUGUGUUCAGUGAAGAAAAAGCACCUUCCACAGCAGCAAAAGAUUGGUCAGCAGCCAAAGAUUACCGUUUGGAAGAAGAUCGCUCCUACAGCGCCAAGGACAGUAAAAGCGUGUACGCCUCACAGCCGCCCAGGGAGAACCUGCCCGAGAGCUCGGCUGCUCAAGAAGCUCCUGUGCCUCCAGAGGGCCUGGAGCGGGAGCAGAGCCCGGCUCUUUUGUCCACUCGUUACUCAGUGAAUGCUCAAACUGGGUCAGCUCAGGUUUCAGCUUCUCUCCCGAGAACUUACCAGAAAACUGAUACCUCCAGGUUAACAUCUGUGGUUACACCAAGACCUUUUGGUGUCCACUCAAGAGGAAUCUCAUCACUUCCACGGUCGUUCACGAUGGAUGAUGCUCAGAAAUACAAUGGAGAAGUAGAAAAAGCUAAAAGAACUCAAACUUUGUUCACCAGCAUUUCCUUUUCACAACCAGACUCCACACACCCUCUCUCCACUGGUGCAUUCAGAAGCAGAGAAAUUGCAAGUCUGACAGAGCCUAAGGAUUCAAAAUCCAUGGAACAGUACAGUGAAAUGAGAAUCAGUAUAAACCAGAGACCUGGCCACAGUCGCAGCUUUGGGUUUACGACAAACUGGAGUUCUUCAGGAGCCAUUGUACAGACAGUUGAAGAAGGCAGCCCUGCAGCACUUUGUCAGCUGCAUGUAGACGAUGAGAUCAUUGCUGUCAACGGCACAAAGGUUUCACAUAUGGACUACAGUCAGUGGGAAGAAGCCAUCAGCAGAGCACUAGAAACUGGAAACCUGGUCAUGGAUGUCAGACGAUAUGGAAAGAAUGAUUGGGGCAAAGACCUGCCUUCCCUGCCACAUGUAAGGCAUAAAAUCCUCAAUCUCACCAGUAUGGCUACCAACAUUAUAGGUACAUCUGAAAAUAAAUGGAUUGAUGCAACUUCAGGAGAAAAAAUUUCAAAUGCUUCCACCACAUCCACAAAAAGAGAUUUCUCCAGCAGCCUUCAGAGUUCUGAUACAGAAACAAAAUUGAUAAAUGGAAUGCAAGGAGAUGCUGGCUCUAAUGAACAAAGAGCAUCUGAGCCUAUUUCUUUGAAAAACUUAAAAAGGCGGUCACAAUUUUUUGAACAAGGGUCAUCAGGUUAUUCUUACAAUUCAUGGGUCUACCUUUGUGGAGGCCCAGAGCCUGCAAUGCCUGAUCUCCCAGUCCCAUCCAUCAGCGCUCCCAGUCGUCGGGUUUGGGAUCAAGAGGAAGAGCGAAAACGACAGGAAAAAUGGCAAAAAGAGCAGGACCGUUUGUUGCAGGAGAAAUACCAACGAGAACAAGAGAAACUGAGGGAAGAAUGGCUACGAGCUAAGCAAGAAGCAGAAAAAGAGAGCUCCAAGUAUUUUGAUGAGGAGCAGACCGUUCUAACACUAAAUACAACAUCCGUCACUUCUCAGGCUCCACCUGUGUCCAGCUGGAGAGCAAGCCCUGAAGCAAAUGCUCCCGAGGAGCCAGAACGAGAUGGAGAAAAUGAACUGGCAGCGAGCUUGCUGCACGAAGAAGAAGGAAGGAGGAGGCUUCAGGAGGAACAGAGGAUCCAGGAAGAAGCAGCCAGGCAUUUUGAGCAAGAACAGGAGCUCCAAGAGCUGGAGCUCGAGAGACAACGUAAAGAGAGGGAGCAGCAGCACGCUGAGGAGCAGAGGCAGCAGGCUGAGAAGCAGAAGGAGGUGUCAGUGGAGGUGCCUCAGUACCAAAGACAUUAUGAGCACUAUGAAGUAUCUAAAACAAUAGAGGAUCGAGCUGGCCAUCCUGUCAUUGACAGGCAUUAUGAGCGUUAUGAAGUUUCUAAAACCAUUGAGGAGCAACCUGGCCAGGCAUUUGCUGACAGGAAUAAGUCCAAGUCAACUACAGAGCUGAAUGAAUUCAACACAAUCAGAAAUGGUACCCAGAGCAAGUAUUCUGAGAGGUCCUGGAACAUGGGUGAGUCACAGAAGAAGUCUCAGAAGGAGCAAAACCUUUCUGCAGCAGAGUUGGAGAGACAGCAAAUCCUUCAGGAAAUGAGAAAGAAAACAUCUCUACACACGGACAGCAGCUGGAUUAGGCAGCGCAGUGCCAGUAUACAUAAGGAGCCCAUUAGUCUGUACAGCAGUAGUAUGAGGAGAGGGGAGUCUUUGGACAAUCUUGAUUCUUCAGGAAUGAGAUCAUGGAGGCACCACUCAUGGCUGCAUCAGUCUGCAUCCUCUUCAUCUCUAUCUUCUAGUCAAGAUACUAGUCGCCCAGUAUCCACUUCAAACCGAGCCUACAUGUGCACUCCUUCCUCCAGCAAAGCACCUCCUGUGGCCACCUCUGUGAGAAACCCCUCCACGUCCCAGACAGCCCCCCGGGCUCAGUCUCCCCUCUCUGCUUCCCAGUCAGGGUCCCAGACACGCAGCAGGUCAGUCAGUGGGAAGAAAAUCUGUUCAUACUGUAAUAACAUUCUGGGCAAAGGAGCAGCCAUGAUCAUUGAAUCUCUUGGUCUUUGUUAUCAUUUACAUUGCUUUAAGUGUGUUGCCUGUGGAUGCGACCUUGGUGGAUCCCGCUCUGGAGCUGAAGUCAGGAUCCGAAACAACAAACUCUUCUGCAACGACUGCUAUAUCAGAUUUAAAACUGGACAACCAACCUCCAUGUGAAGCAAAUGAAGAUAUGAAACCACUGUUGCAGAUACAAGAAGAGGUGAUUGCUGCUGAUGUAGAUCUAUAAAUAUAUAUAUUGUGUGUAUGUGUGGUUUUUUUCUAAGAGUAACUCUUGCUUGUCUAGUCUUCGUAGCAAUACCUUGUAUUCUUUAUGUAACUAUUUUUAUUUAUAAGAAAGUAAUUGCAGUAAGGAAAUGGCUGGGAAAAAUGCUUUCACAUUUUCAGCUUCAAGUACCGAAAGCACAAGAGAGAAUAAGUAUAUUUUCCAUAAUAACUUCAAAAUAUUUUUGAGACUUAUAAUCAACUAGUUGACUUUCCAAUGGUAUAUGAAGAGGGUAUUUUGUUUCUAAGCUCUUGAAAUGAGCGUUAGAGAAAUAGCUAAUAUAAAUAUAUAUUUGCAAUUGCUGUCUUUAUUUUUGACAUAUACUGAAAGUUAAUUCUCUAGGUUAAUAUGAAGCUGCAUUUAAAUGCACACAAAUGUGUUUGCUUUCCAUAUGCUGGUUUCUAAAAUCAUGUGCUUUUUUGAAACCUAAAUACAAAGAAUAAUCUGUUUGCUCAGUGGUGUUGGCAUAAUAUUCUGUGGAAUCCAUUUAAGAGAGAGAGAGUUUUCCUUUCCCAUUUGGAAGUGUAACUAUCACUCUUUCCUCUGCAAACUGAGUGGAGAAUGGUUGUUGAAUUAUCAUAUAUUUGUAAAUAAAAACCUGAUGUUGCAUUUAUUAGAA